AUGUGUUCUCUGCCAGUGCCCCGGGAGCCCCUGCGCCACGUGGCCGUGACCGGGGGCACCCAUGGUAAUGAGAUGUCUGGAGUCUGCCUGGCCCAGCACUGGCUGCGGGCACCGGGGGAGCUACAGAGACCCAGCUUCUCCGCCAAGCCCGUGCUGGCCAAUCCAGAGGCCACGGCUGUCUGCCGGCGAUACAUGGGCCGAGACCUCAACCGAACCUUCACCAGCUCCUUUCUGACAGCCAGGGCCACCCCGGAUGACCCGUAUGAGGUGACCAGGGCCCGGGAGCUGAACCAGCUGCUGGGCCCAAAGGCCUCUGGCCGGGCCUUCGACUUCAUCCUGGACCUGCAUAACACCACGGCCAACAUGGGGACCUGCCUCAUUGCUGAUUCUGCCCACAACAUGUUUGCCAUGCACCUGUGCCGGCAUCUGCAGCUGCAGACCCCCGAGCUGCCCUGCCCAGUCUUCCUGUACCAGUUGCCAGGGGAGGAGAGCUACACCAUAGAUUCGGUGGCCAAGAAUGGAAUAGCGCUGGAGCUGGGCCCCCAACCCCAGGGCGUGCUGCGGGCAGACCUCUUCUCUCGGAUGAGGUCCCUAGUGGGCGCAGUUCUGGACUUCAUUGAACUCUUUAACCAGGGCACCGACUUUCCAGCCUUUGAGAUGGAGGCGUACAGCACCGUAAGGCGCGUGGACUUUCCACGCACCGAGGACGGGGACCUGGCGGGAACCAUCCACCCUCAGUUGCAGGACCGAGACUUUGAGCCAUUGCAGCCCGGUGCACCCAUUUUCCAGAUGUUUGAUGGCAAAGACGUGCAGUAUGAGGGGAAGGACACUGUGUACCCCAUCUUCAUCAAUGAGGCUGCCUACUACGAGAAGGGCAUCGCCUUCAUCCAGACUGAAAAGCUCACAUUCUCUGUGCCGGCCUUGCCUGCACUGACCCCCACCUCCACCCCAGCUCCCUAA